AUGCCUCGAUCUAAGAAAAAGGGAAACGCAGACGGGAUAGCCAAACAGCUCGCCGGCUUGACUCUCAAUUCUACUGCACCCCCUGACUCUGAUUCUGGUUCCGAGCCCAAGCACAAGCGUCUCUGCGCUGACCUUGGUAUUUCCGGCGAUCUUGGGAGCAAGACAAAGUGCCGCAAGGAGAUCAAGAGCGUCAAUGUCAACAUCAAGCAGUUCCUUCAGAGCAAGAACAAGCCUGAAGAUGUGAGGUUCUUCAAGAACAGACAUGCCCUGAUUCAGUAUACGAGAAGAACUAGCUGGUUUUUCCCACGUCGCAAGAUCCCAAAGGGCGACCCGCUCGCGGCUCUGUUGAAGGAAAUGGAUGACUAG